GUUUGUGAUGUCAUUGUAGGCAAAUAACUUAGUUGCUUUGUUAUUCUGACAAUUGGAACUGGUUUAGAAUUAAUAGAUUUCAUGCAUAGUUUGACACGGAAUUAGGACUAUAAGUACAAUUUCAAUUCAACUGUGUGAUUGUAAGAUCUAAAGUUUGCUAAUAACUAUGAUAAUGAGGGCAGGGUUGGCAGGGUGUUGGUAGUAAGGAUUAUAGUAGUGGUUAUAGUGGUGGUUGGUGGCCAUGUUGGGGUGAGGAAUUAACAACUUCAGGGUGUUAUUUAGGUAUUGGAAAUGACUUGAGCUAGUUACUUUUUAAUUCCCUUGACUGAUCUUGGAAUUUAUGAUUUGAAUUUCAGAAGGACAUCUAAAUAUAAAAAUUAGAAUUAGUUAAUAGACACAAUUCCAGUUUCAAGUGUGAAUUCCAUGCUCAACUCCAAAACGCCAAAUUGACGCUUGUAGAUAUUUGCUGCCACAUAAUGAUUAAUCUAAAUGGAUGAACCAUAUCAUUGGUAGUUGAUUGAAGAUAUAAGACUAUUUGUUUCAGGUUUCAUAUUUCUUUGAUUAACCCGGAUAAGGAUUGUAAUUCUUCCUUUUUUAACAACUUUUAUCACUCAUUUACAUUUAUGAUCUAGGAAUACACAUAAUGAUGCGAUUUGGGUUUCAAGUUGUAAUUUUUUUAUAACUAAGAAUUCUUAUAUGUCAAAAAGAAACUACCCUUUAAUUUUCAAAUUAUGGACAUGAGGUAAUGGCUUUAAAGAAGAAAAUGUCAAGGAAAACAGUUCUCAUUGGUACAUUUUAUAGAUGAUCUUUUAGGCUUGAAUUUGACCUUGAAACUUACCUAUUACAUUAUUCCAUUAUUUUUUGCUGACAUUUGGUCAUACAAUUAUCACCAUGAAACUUCAUUUUCACUUAAGAAGUCAAUAAUCUUAUCCUUUGGCUGAAUUUGAUGUGUAUAUGUAUAUUGAAACGUUUAAGAGUGUUCUCUUGAUACUGUCCAUGCAGAUCUACAUCUAAAUCUGAUGCUAUUAUCGAUAGAAAUUUCUAGCUUAUUUGUUUUUCAGUUCAGUGCUCCCUCCUUCCCUUUACUAGUUGCUAGCUGGUGUUGUCAAAUAGUGACAAUUGCAACACCUUUGUCUUCUGCACGUUUUUUUCUUGUUCAACUCUUAAGUUAAGCUGUAGAUAUUUAUAAGGGUUGGCUCACAGAUGUCAUUGUUAUGGUAAUGAAAAAAGGGUUACAUAUGGACAUGGAAAAAGAUGGAAAAAUGAUUUAUUUUAAGCUGAGACCAAAGAAUGUUGUGCUUAUUCCAUGAUAACAAUACGAUAUUUAUAUACAAGAGAGCACCAAUCCUGUACAUUUAGAGAUAAGAAACAAUCUAUCUAAAUUUAAAAAUGAUUGAUUUUUCCUUUGGUUAAACUAUUCAUUUGGUUUUUUAAUUGUCUGUUUUUUAAGUCUUAGUUCUCACGGGAGAAACGUAUUAGUAACUUGGGAGCAAACUCUGGUGGUAUAAAACUGCUACCAAAACCCUUUGACAAUGAUAUACCUCCACAAACUGACGAUGUUUAUAGGAGUUUGUGAUCUGAGCAUAAAGAUGGAGCUGAGUAGCAUCAAAGAUGCAUUUGAUCGUGUAGCCAAAAAGCAAAAAUUAUCCUCUUCCAAGUCUCAGGAAGUUGUUGACCAGGUGGGGCGUGAAAUUGAGCAGGCAUUGGCAGCAAUUCAGUCAUCCCGUGACCUCUCUUCUCCUGCUGACCAGAAAUCCGUUCUCACAGAACUUAAGUUCAAGAUUAAUGCUAUUGGACCAUUUCAACAGUUGGAAGGUUCAAAUAAGGAAGUGAACGGAAGUAUUAUCAAGUAUCAAAGGCCCCUUGAAAAAUUGUUAAAUCCUGACAUAUCUAAGGCAUACAGAAAUGUGGACUUUGAUACUCGUAUUAUCAAUCAGAUCAUUGCAAACCACUUUUACCGUCAAGGUUUAUUUGAUCUUGGAGAUAGCCUCGUAAAUGAGGCUGGAGAGCCUGAUGCAACUGCACUUAGAUCUCAAUUUUUAGAAAUGCAUCAGAUUAUUGGAGCUAUGAGGGAGAAAAACCUUCAGCCUGCUCUGACAUGGGUCUCUGCUAAUCGAGAAAAACUUGAUCAUAUUGGUUCUAAUCUUGAGCUUAAGAUUCACAGACUGCAGUUUGUAGAGGUCCUGCAAAAUGGGACACGAGCUGAUGCCUUAAAAUACGCCCGAACUUAUCUUGCUCCUUUUGCUUCCCUCAACAAGGACGAGUUCCCAAAGCUCAUGGGUUGCCUCUUGUAUGCAGGAAGGCUAGAGAGCUCCCCUUAUUCUGAGUUGAUGUCCCCAAUUCAUUGGGAGAUGACAACUGAAGAGCUCGCACGGCAGUUUUGUACUCUAUUGGGGCAGUCCUAUGAGAACCCACUGAGUGUAGCAGUUGCUGCAGGAGUUGAGGGGUUGCCCACCUUGUUAAAGCUGGCAAAUGUAAUGGCAGCAAAGAAGCAAGAGUGGCAGGAAAUGAAACAGUUGCCGGUGCCUGUAGAAUUGGGUAAGGAAUUUCAGUUUCACUCGAUUUUUGUUUGCCCUGUGAGUAGGGACCAAGGAAGUGAAGAGAAUCCUCCAAUGCUGUUGCCAUGCUUACAUGUCCUUUGCAAGCAAUCAAUUAUGAAGUUAUCAAAAAACAGCACCCGAACAUUCAAGUGUCCAUAUUGUCCAGCCGAAGCGACAGUUACACACUGCAGACAACUGUAUUUCUGAUGAUGUUUGUGUUCCGUACAUUUCAUUUGUGCAAUACAUCAUUUACAGCUUUCUGGUUGUAUAUAAAUAUUCCAAAAUAUCUGUUACUUUUGAUAAGACCAACGAGUGAAUAAAAGUUGAAAGAACCUGUCUAUAUA